UCACUUGUAUGACACACAACACGUUAUCUUGUCGACUGUAGACUUCGGGUCAAACAAAAUGGAUUUGAAGGCGGUGGGAAUUUCGAUUGCUGUCUUGAUUUCUGUUAGCUGCAUUCUUCAUAUCGUUGCAGUUGCAACAAAUUCAUGGAUUAUGGUAAGGCCAUACUAUGAAGAUUUCUUGUGGAAAGGUUGUUACAGAAAGAAAACUGAGAUUGGAUGUGACCGUUUGUCUGACUACAAGGGCGGAGCUGCCAUGGUGGCAUUGAGGUCAACUGCUGUCAAUUAUUCUGCUGUCGGUGAAAAACCUUAUGAUCUUGUUUAUGCUGGAUUAUGGAAAGCUUGCAUUGUAAGGGGUGGAAAUGUGAGGUGUGAGGACCUUCUUAUUGGUCAAGGACAGAGAAUAAAUACAGACUGGAUUCGAACUGUACAGGCGUUCAUGCUGUUAGCCUGUGUCUCUUAUCUCUGCCCACUCCUCACUGUACUCUGCUUCAGAAACAAACAGUGGCUUCUUUAUAAGAUUCUUGGAUUUGCCACAUUCUUACCUUUUAUUGUGGCAUGCAUUGGGCAGUUUGUUUACUCUGGAUGGAGUGAUGUUAAUUUGCGGUACAAGAAUUACUAUGGCUAUUCUUUCUUCGUGGGAGCAUUUGCUUCGAUCCUAUUGUACGUUGCCUUUAUGCUUGCAUUUGUUGCUGGUUGUAACAUGGAUAAGAAAAAGCCAACAACAAGACGGUUUUAGUGUCCUAAACUCAUGCUUUUACACUUAAGCAUCAACAACUUGCAUCAGAUGUUUCUUGGAUAAAGUAGCAAGACCAUUUUGAAACUCUUUGGUCAUCAAAGACGCAGAAAUUUCACAUUUUGCCUAUAAAGAUAAUACAUGUCAUUAAAAGGACACUGGUGCAUCAACUUCUGAAACUUUUCGUAUGAUGUAAAAUUCUACACUACUACAUUUUAUUAGGGUAUGAAUAUUUUUGUAAAAAGUGGUAAGCUAAACUUCAAUGAAAGCAAGAUUUGUUUUCAGUGUGCUAGGGAGAUAUUCUUUUGUAACUGAUCUAAACUUUGUUUUCUGGAUGUUGCACAAAUACAUAAAUGGCACAUUCUUUACUGUCAGUAAUAUCAAUACUCUUUGAUAUUUUUACAAAAAGCUUUUGGAAAUAAAGGACAGCACAACUUUUCAGAUAAAAUUCUGGCAACUUUCAUUCAUAAGUUUCAGUAGCGUUUUUUUGUGACAAAGCCACAUAAUAAGGAGUAAAUGUUGAGAUGUUUUCCCUCAGUUCUGUUGCUGGUCAGUCAUAGCGUUUUCUAGAAUGAUAUGCAUGAGAUAAUGAGAUAAUGAUAUUUGGCCCAAUUUUUUAAGGAGUAAUAGUUCAGAGCACUUUGUUAAAUAACAUUUAAGCAAUAUUGUACUUUUCUUGUAAUAUUUACUAUGUAUCACAUUUUGAACAUUAUGGAAAGGUAUUUUUGUUCCCCUGUUGUCA